AGUUAUUUGUUCAUUCGUGGUUUCAGUUUAUUUCAUCGGACGAACGCUACGUUAAUCGUGGAGUGUGUUGAAUUUACUGCCUCAGCCCCUGAAGUAUCGUGAUGCCGACGGUGCGAUUGGGAUUGUUGAGAUAUGGUUGCCGAGACAGAUGAUGAAUAUGUGCCCGGCUCCCCUGUGCUGACCCAACCCCGAACUCCUCAUCGCAGAUGCACCCGAAGAAGUGCUUCAAAACGUUUGGAUGCUGAGCAGAAUUUUGACUGCAUUCCAAGUUCACCAGGAUCACAAUGUAGGCCACGCAGAUUCUCCUCACUGCGCAAGAAACGCAAGAGCUCUGAUGGCAGUCUGAACAAUACUUCACUGACUUUUGGUCAGUCCUCGAAGACUGUCAUGCAAAUCACACCGCGAUCAACGGAAGAAAUACUCUCAGCUGGUCUAGAUAUUUUGGAAGAUUUCAAUUUUAAGACGCCAGUAUCUGACGCCAGGAAAAUAGUUCAACAACUUCCUAAACGUUUGAAAGUGGAUAAUGUGGAGGUUUCGUUAUCUUGUGACCUAUUUUCGGAUCAACCAAAUGAAGUUCAAGUUCAAGAGAACAUGUGUUACCAGUCCGGUCAGUUUGACGCUAUGUUAAUGGAAAGAUUCCAUCGGAAUGCUCAAACCAUUCUUACGUGCGACUCAAUCGACAGCACAACAGAUUCAGUUGAUCCUCUAGCCUUUUCUGGGGUUCAAGGACGCUUUUUCGGACUUCCGUCAGUCGUACGGGCAAUUUUGGAAACAGAACGAGGAAUUCGUGAUUUGUACGAUUGGCAGAAAGAGCUCUUGCAAUCUGCAGAAGUCGAUAGGAAUGAAAAUGUUCUACUCUCCUUGCCAACCAGUGGAGGCAAAACAUUAUUCGCCGAAAUCAUGCUUCUGCGAUGUCUGGUCAACAAGAAGAAAAACUGUAUUUUCAUCGUACCCUAUGUUUCUUUAGUCCAAGAAAAGGUACGUGGUCUUACCAUAUUUGGGAUCACAUUGGACUUUUUGGUAGAAGAGUACGCGGGCAGCAGAGGAACUCUUCCUCCCCAACAACGCAAGCUUCGCAAUACAGUGUAUGUUGCCACUAUCGAAAAAGCCAGUGGAAUAGUUCACCACCUUCUUAAAGAGAAUCGCCUCGGUGAACUCGGGCUCGUUGUUGUGGAUGAGGUCCACAUGUUGGGCGAAAGUGGCAGAGGUGCAACCUUGGAAGCGUUGUUGACGAAAUUGCUCUUCUCCGCCCCGGGUUUACAAAUAGUCGGCAUGAGUGCCACCAUUGGAAAUCUCGAAGAACUCGGCAAAUUCUUGCGAGCCUUCGUUUUUAGACAGAAAUUUCGUCCGGUUGAACUUAGAGAAUAUGUCGUGGUAGGAUCCGAGGUUUACGCACCUUGCAUGGAAGAGCGGAAACUUACACACGCUCGAACGCUGUAUCCCAAGUAUUCUAGCGAAAGAAUGAAAGAGGAUCCUAACUUGAUUGGGCAUCUGGUCUUAGAAGUCGUUCCGCAAAAUUCUGUCCUGGUUUUUUGCGCCACUCGCCUCAACUGUGAAAACGUUGCGAAACUGAUCAUCAAAGCCUUUCCGAAACAACAGGUUUUGGCUCACCGGAAAGAAGAAAAGCAAGCGCUUUUGAACACGUUGAGUUCUGAUGGCGGUGGAAGAAUUUGUGAUAUUUUAAAGCUUACUCUACCUUACGGCGUUGCCUAUCAUCAUUCCGGUCUCACGGAUGAUGAAAGGCGAUUGUUAGAAGAAGCCUUUUUGAAUGGUGUGAUCUGUGUUAUUUGCUGUACCUCAACGCUUGCGGCUGGAGUGAAUCUUCCUGCCAAGAGAGUAAUUUUACGAUCUCCUUUCGUUGGCCGGGAAUUCCUCACAAAGAGUCGUUACAAACAAAUGGCCGGAAGAGCAGGUCGAGCUGGUUUUGAUGUAGAGGGCGAAAGUUAUAUCGUUUGUGAUACGUCUACAACUUCGAAGGUUUUGAAAUUAUUUGACGGCCCCGCGGAAAAUGCCAUGAGUUCUUUGAAUUUCAAUGACGGAUAUCCCCUGAGAUCCUUCCUGCUGUCUUGUGUAGUUGAGAAAUUGGCUACCUGUCCAGCGAAGUUGUUGGAGGUCGUCAAAUGCUCACUGUGGGCCAGUCAGGUGGAAGAACAGGCAUGGAAAACGUCUUUCCAGUCUGCAUUCCAUUGGUUGAUCGAUCAAGGUUUGCUAAAAUUGGGAAACGUGCAAACCCAGAUUGAAAUUGAUGGAACUUCUGCUGAAACCGAACUCACUGCUUCGGAACUGGGAAAGGCAGCAAUAAAGGGUAACAUCAGUUUGGAUCUGGCCCAACAGCUUUACAAGGAUCUGCAACGAGGUUUGGACGCCCUGGUCCUAAAUACUCCGCUACAUCUCCUUUAUCUUCUCACUCCUUAUGAAAUCGCUGUUGAUGUUAAUCCUGAUCGUAACAUAUUGUACGAUAUGUAUCACAAGUGCAAUCAGCACGACAUCCGUGUGUUCGACUUCCUCGGGAUAUCAGCCUUGAUUGUGCAGCGAUUUAUGAAUGGACGGAAUUUCCGGCAUGACGUGCUGUUCAAAAUAAAACGACUCUAUUGCGCCCUGAUGCUGUUGAUGUUGUGGAUUCAAGGGGAACAAAUGGCGGCUUCGAAGAACGUGGGAUUGGAGGACGGUUCGGAUGCGGUCUGGAGGGUGGCUGCAACUUUCCGGGUUGACCGAGGUCGAGUUCAGAAUCUCGUUUCUAGGGCUGCCGGUUUUGGCUCGAAUAUCGUUCACUUUGUCGAGGAUCUUGAGCCACUCCGUUCCUAUGCCGACCUGUUGCCUCCUUUUGUUGAGAAAAUCGGGAACUGCUCCACCAUGGAACUUUUGCCUUUGCUCCAGUUGCCGGCUGUGAAACGGGCGAGAGCACGGCUACUGUUUGAUAGUGGGUACAAAAAUCUCAGUGACGUAGCUCGAGCUACUGCACCAGACUUGGUGAAGGCCGUUGGGAAAUUGAGCACGAAAUCGGCGAAAGAAAUGAUUUUGUCAGCAAGGAUGGUAUUGACGCAAGACGCCUUCAAUUUACAAGAAAUGGCCCAGACGGCUUUGGAGUCCGUUCAACAGUUCACGGCUGUCGCUAAACCAACUAAUAAUGGUCCCUCUCGAAUGAUUUGAGCCUCAAGAUUUGUUGACGAGAUGCCGACGUAUAUUUCGGAAUUUUGUCUCAUUUGCUAAAAUAUUCCCGGUACAAUGUCCUGCACUGUGUGCUGAAUUCCUGAGCGGGAGUUUUGCAUUUAUGUGAUUAUUUUGGGGACUUCAACGGAAUAUAUUUCUUGCGUGA